UUAUCUAUUCGCAAAAAUGGUGUAUAACUUUAAAGUGUUUAAAAAAUGUUCGCCCAACGGCAAGCUCACGCUGUAUAUGGGGAAACGGGACUUCGUCGAUCACAUCUCUUACGUGGAGCCAAUAGACGGCAUUGUGGUCGUGGACGAGGAGUAUAUCCGAGACCGGCGCGUGUUCGCGCAAGUCGUCUGUACAUUCCGCUACGGCCGCGAGGAGGACGAGAUCAUGGGACUUUCUUUCUACAAGGAGCUGUACCUCGCCUCGGAGCAGAUCUACCCCUCACUUGAGAAGAGACCCUAUGAACUUACCCGCACGCAGGAGCGUCUCGUGAAGAAGUUAGGUGACUGGGCGCUGCCGUUCCGGCUAACGUUGCCGGCCGGAGCACCUGGUUCUGUGACUCUGCAGCCCGGCUUGGAGGACGAGGGAGAGCCGUGUGGCGUGCACUACUAUGUAAAGCUGUUUGUUGGUGAAACAGAAAUCGAUCGCUCGCACCGCAGGAGCACGGUGGCGUUGGGUAUCCGCAAGGUACAGUUCGCACCGGACAAGCCCGGCCCGCAGCCGUGCACGUUGGUACGAAAAGAUUUCGUGCUCUCGCCUGGACAGCUUGAGCUGGAGUUGACUCUCGAUAAACAGCUGUAUAUUCACGGGGAGACAGUGGCGGUGAACAUCAGCAUACGCAACCACAGCAACAAGGUGGUGAAGAAAAUUAAGGCCAGUAUCUUACAGUCCGUCGACAUCGUGCUCUUCCAGAAUGGCCAGUACCGAAAUGUCGUCACUGGUGUAGAGACGCAAGACGGAUGCCCGCUCCAACCUGGUGCUAACAUGCAGAAAGUCGUUCAACUAAGGCCAACGCUGGGUGCACUGCGCGACCGCCGUGGCCUAGCGUUAGAUGCACAGCUCAAGCGGCAGGAGACUACGCUUGCUUCCACAACCCUAUUGCUGGACCCGGAGCAGCGUGACGCGUUCGGUAUCGUGGUGAGCUACAGCGUCAAAGUCAAGCUUUACCUCGGUGCACUCGGGGGCGAGCUGAGCGCAGAGCUACCGUUCAUUCUGAUGCACCCCAAGGAGGGUCGCAUGAAACUGAUGCAGGCGGACAGUGAGGUUGAUGUAGAGAUGUUCAGGCAAGACACUGUGCUUCAUCAAGAGAGCGUCGAAGUUUACUAAAAGUAUACUCAGUAGAUUCUUUUGAAAUAAAUGAUUACACAAACACAGGUACCAUUAGAUCAUUAUCACAAGUAAAUAUUAAAUUAUUGUAAUUUUUUAAAUAUUUUUCGCUUUUCGAAUUAUAUCGUGUGAUUUUAUUAAACAGAUAGAUAGUGAUAUAUCUAUUUUAGAUAAUAAGAUACAGGUAUUUUGGCAUUAGUGUUAUGAAUUAUAAAAUACUUGCA